CGGGAGUACUUCAGCCAGUUCGGCGAGGUGAAGGAGUGCCUGGUGAUGCGGGACCCGCUGACAAAGAGAUCCAGGGGCUUCGGGUUCGUCACGUUCAUGGACCAGGCUGGCGUCGACAAGGUCCUGGCCCAAUCCAGACAUGAACUGGACUCCAAGACGAUUGACCCGAAGGUAGCCUUCCCCCGCCGAGCACAGCCCAAGAUGGUGACCCGAACGAAGAAGAUAUUUGUGGGUGGUCUGUCCGUGAACACUACUGUGGAGGAUGUGAAACAAUAUUUCGAGCAGUUUGGGAAGGUGGACGAUGCAAUGCUGAUGUUCGACAAGACGACCAACCGACACCGAGGUUUUGGGUUUGUCACCUUUGAAAGUGAAGACAUUGUGGAAAAAGUGUGUGAAAUCCACUUCCAUGAGAUCAACAACAAAAUGGUUGAGUGUAAAAAAGCCCAGCCGAAGGAGGUGAUGUCCCCAACGGGCUCGGCACGAGGGCGGUCCCGAGUCAUGCCUUAUGGGAUGGAUGCCUUCAUGCUCGGGAUCGGCAUGCUGGGUUAUCCAGGCUUCCAAGCUGCCACCUACGCGAGUCGAAGUUACACUGGCAUUGCACCUGGCUACACUUACCAGUUCCCUGAGUUCCGUGUAGAGCGGACCCCUCUCCCGAGUGCCCCCGUCCUCCCUGAGCUCACAGCAAUCCCCCUCACUGCGUAUGGACCAAUGGCGGCAGCAGCGGCUGCGGCAGCCGUGGUGCGAGGGACAGGUUCCACCCCCAGUCGCACCGGUGGAUUUCUGGGCACCACCAGCCCUGGGCCGAUGGCAGAGCUUUAUGGAGCUGCCAACCAGGACUCAGGGGUCAGCAGUUACAUCAGCGCUGCCAGUCCAGCCCCAAGCACCGGCUUUGGCCACAGCCUAGGGGGUCCCUUGAUUGCAACAGCUUUUACCAAUGGGUAUCACUGAAGCUGGGGACCAAGGAGGCAGGAGAUUCCCCAUUGACCUAACCGAGGACAGCGGCUGGAGGAUCUGGUGAGCCUCGGGGGAUGAGCCAAGGUUACCUUUUUC